AUGGCUGGGAUCGCUGUUCAGUUCGUAAUACAAAGACUGAAUGAUUUUCUAGCGCAGGAAGCAGAAUUGCUACUCGGAGUAGAUGGGCAGAUCAGAUCACUUCGAGACAAACUUGGAUGGAUGCAUGCCUUACUCAAAGACCACCAUGGGAAUCGCAGAGAUAAUGAUAGAGUUAAGGUUUGGGUGGCCCAAAUAAGAGAAGCAGCCUAUGAUGCUGAGGACGUCAUCGACUCCUACAUCUUUAACAUUCAAAAGCCAGGAAGAGAGACAAGUGCUGGAUUCAUGGGAUCCAUACGAAGUUUUGCUUGUUGCAUCAAAGACAUACCAGCCAUCCACAAGAUUGGAAAGGAGAUUGGUGAUAUAGAAAGAAGGCUCAACGAUAUCUCAUCCAACAGAUCAGAUUAUGGCAUCGGCAAUAUACCAGGAUGUGGAGAAGCUUCAUCUUCGUCAUAUCAAAGCCAGACGUGGAGGGAGAAGAGGCUUCCCAUCGCCGAGGAAGCUGAUGUGGUUGGUGUUGAAGUUGAGACAAAGACACUGGUGGGGCGGCUGAUUGAAGGAGACGCGCGGCGUGCUGUCAUUUCGAUCACUGGUAUGGGAGGGAUAGGUAAAACUACUCUCGCUAAGAAAAUUUACAAUAACAUCCAUAUAAAGAAGAAUUUCGAUUUUCAUGCCUGGGUGUCUGUGUCUCAAGAACAUCGACUGCGAGAGAUUUUCCUAAGCAUUCUAAAAUCUCUGGGACAAGAUGAAAGGGAGACAACGCCUGAGGAAGACUUGCGUAAGCAGCUCUAUGAGAGCUUGGAAGGGAAAAAAUAUCUGGUGGUAAUUGAUGAUAUAUGGACUAGAGAUGCUUGGAAUGGUUUGGUCUCUGCAUUUCCAGAUAGGCAAAAUGGCAGCAGGGUGCUGCUUACCACUCGCAAGGAAGAAAUAGCCAAGUAUGCAGAUGCAGAGAGCACGCCCCAUAAAAUGCAUUUUCUUAAUGAAAGUGAGAGCUGGGCAUUGUUCCGUAAGAAAGCACUUCCUGGAAAUGUUGCUCUUCCAUGCCCUGCAAAUCUGGAGGAGUUGGGGGGAAAGAUUGUUGCGAAGUGUGGAGGUUUACCUCUAGCUAUCGCAGUAAUAGGAGGCGUCCUAUCAAGGAAAGAAAAAUCAGUGAAUGAGUGGUACAAAGUGCUUACAAGUCUCGAAUGGCAGCUAAAUGAAAGCGAAGAUGCGAUCUCGGGCAUAUUGGCCCUCAGCUACCAUGACUUGCCGUAUUACUUGAAGUUCUGCUUUCUUUAUUUCGGAGCUUUUCCUGAAGACUCUGAAAUUUAUGUGGACGACUUGAUUAAGUUGUGGAUAGCUGAAGGGUUUGUGCAGCAAAGAGGAGAAGAAGAACUGGAGGAUGUUGCAGAGGAUUAUGUGGAAGAGCUCAUCAACAGAAGCAUGAUUCAGGUGGCGCAAAGGAAUUUGAAUGGAACAGCUAUGAAAUGCCGUAUUCAUGAUCUUCUACGCGACCUCUCAAUAGCAAACGCCAAGGAGGAGAGAUUUCUGGACGUGUAUGGGAAGACAGCACCAACAACACCAACCACACCACGCCGGCUUACAAUUACUGCUUCUGGUGGCCUUCGUAAGUUCAUCUUCUCUAACCGCUCCACUCUACACCUCCGCUCUUUGUUUCCCUUCAAUGAAAGGUGGGAAGAGAUUGAGACGCCGGUGUUGAAAAGCUUCUUCGGGGCUUUAAAAUUUCUUCGGGUGAUGGAUCUCCGGCGUGGAGAGCUCACUAGUCUCCCCGAUGAAAUUGGAUCUCUAAUCCAAUUGAGGUACCUAUGUCUAAUGGAUAACAGGGAGUUAAGAAUGCUACCAUCCACCAUAACCCGCCUCUCCAAUUUACAGACUCUCAAUAUAUUCAAUACAAAUAUCAAAAUGCUACCAGUUGAUAUUUGGAAGAUGGAACAGUUACGGCACCUAGUGGUAAAAUAUGAAUGUCAAUUCAGCAACAGUACAGCAGUUCAUCGCUUAAGCAAUCUCCAGACUCUAACAAACAUACGGGCUGGCAGCUGGACAGAAGAUGAGUUGGAGAAACUGAUCAAUUUGAGAGAAUUGUUGAUACGCGGACGUCUCAAUAUGUCAUCAUCCCGUCCUAUUUCUAAAUUGAUACACCUCAGAUCAUUGUGUCUACUGGGAGGAUCUGGAAGUUUCAUUCCACCUUUUGAGUCCUUGUCAAAUCAUCACCAUCUAUAUUACAUGAAUUUGAGUGGACACUUUGAGAAAUUACCGGAUCUGCAUGAAUUCCCACCUAACCUCACCCAGUUAUACUUGUAUGGAUCCAAAUUAGAGCAAGACCCGAUGGGAACGCUGGAGAAGCUACCCAACCUUCGGAUUCUCUGUUAUGCUGGGGAUGUUUACGUGACAAAGGAAAUCAACUAUUUGUUUAUUCGGGAAUGCGAUGAAUUAGAGGAGUGGAGAGUGGAGGAAGGAGCGAUGCCUAAUCUCACAUCUUUAGAGAUUAGUAGCUGCGCAAGAUUGAAGAUGCUUCCAGAUGGAAUGCGACAUCUCACCACCCUUCAAGAAUUGAAGUUGAAAUACAUGACGGAAGAAUUCAACAAAAGGGUGAGAGAGAACGAGGGAGAGGACUGGUUCAAGAUCCAACACAUACCCUCUCUUAUCAUCAAAUAA